AUGACAGUGGGAGCAACAUAUAAAGUCCUACUUUUACCUAACGACAAGUGUGAGCAAGCCACUUAUAAGAUUGUUCAUUUACCCACUGAUUCGACAUUGAAGAGGUACAGACCCUUUUUGAUAAAAGAUAGCACCAUAUAUGAGCUAAUUGAAGUUAAAGGUAACGAUGCAUUUAGUAAAACAAAGCCAACUUUACUAAACAACGGUGAAGCUGUAAAGUCAUAUAUAUUUGAGGAUGAUACCAAUGGACUCGUCAUACAAUCCUCUAAUAUGAUAGUUGGAAACAGCUUUAAUAUAGUAUACUUAUUGAUAUCGGUAAUGUUUGAUUACGAGGGCUUUCUGAAGAGGUAUAUAACCUUUGAAGAUAUUAUGGAUACUUUAUCGAGUCUCUCUGGCAACAAUACUGACUGGGUGACUCGAAUUCCCGAAGAAGCAUAUUUGAGGGCCCUUCCAGAAAUAUGUGACACCAUCUUGGAGAACAAAGAACAGUUUUAUAGGUUCUCAAAACAAAAGACUCUUCAGUUUAUCAAUGAAAAAGUCCAGAAACUUCAUCAUUUUAUCCAGAUGCAAGAAAACUCUAUCAUGUUUAAAAUAAAGGCUGAACUACAUGAUGACGCAUCGUCAACUCCAGAAGCAGUUAUAAAUUCUUCAAUUUUAAGGCAUUCGAUUGAUCUCAUAUGCGAUUCUUAUUGCCCUAAAAUAAUCAAAGUGGAAUUGAUUGAACUUUUCGCUUACGACUUUAAAGAUCUUGACUCAUAUUUAGAUGAAUUGAAAGCAAAAAGAAAAGAGGUUUCUGUUAUUGAGUCCAGUAUGGCUGCGAUUGCACAGGGAAAUUCACAAGUAGCCAAAAAAAAGGCCGACGCUACCAAGAAGAAACCAACGACAAAGAAAAAGGCAACGAAAGUUGCCGUUGGUAAGGGAGCAUUGGACGGGUUUUUUAAGAAGGCAUGA